CCGCCUCCGCCGGGAAGGGCGAUGAUGCCCGCGUAAGCGCGCUGAUAGGGAGCUGGAGGCGCGGUUGCUGGGCUCGAAGGCGGUGCUUGCGCGACGGAGGAGGGUUCCGCUGCCACCGAGCGCAGAGCAGCACGGAGGGCGUCGCGAUGCAAGCCCUCUGCAUCAGGGGAGGCUGUCGCUGCCACGAAGCACGACGGGCGAGGCUGCCGCUGCCACCAAGCAUGGAGCAUAGAGGGGCGUCGCCGUGUAAGCUCGCUGCAGCAGGGCCCGUCACCACCAAGCGCGCGACGACGGGAGGAGGUCACCGCGUGAGUGCGCUGCAGUGUAGGACCUCGCCGGGGAAGAUGAAUCCUGCACGCGCUAGGCGCUGGCUCCGCGUGGAGCACAGGCCUGUAAAUGGCCGUAGAAUGAAACGCCUCACGCCGGCGCAACCGUCGCUCAGAGCUGCUACACAACGAAAGGAAAUAAAAGACCUGAAAAUCUGCUGAUGGUGUCCAAGAACGAAGCGCUGCCAAUGCUACUUGUUUCCUUGUAUAGUCUAGUGUAGGACUACUAUUAGGUGAAAUGUUAGCAUGUGGAAUUUUUAGUAGCUACACAAAUGCAACUGCGUGAAAUAUUUCUUUAUCCAGCGGAAGCGAAUGAUGUCACCGUA